UGUGGAGUAUGACAUGCUUUCAACAGGGAGUGGGCAGAGAGCCUCAGACAGACUAGGGUGAGCAGACAAAGGGGGGACAAGGAAGGAGGUGGGCCAAAUAAGAAGGAGGCAGAUAGCAAAAGGGAGGCUGAGAAAAAGGAGAAAGGGGGAAGAGAGGGAGGGACAAGAUUGGAGGGAAGGACCAUACAGUAUUCAGGACCAUGGCUGAGUCUGUCACUUAUGCGGAUCUACGCUUUGUGAAAUCCCCUCUGAAGAGUCUCUCAGCUAGGCUGGAGCAGGAUGCUGAAGUGGAUGAUGAUGGGGAGCUCACCUAUGAAAAUGUUCAGGUGCCUUCAGCCAAGGAUGUGUUUUCCAGCCCAGCUCAGCCUGACCUUGGGGAACAAACAGGAAGGGAAAAGACAGAAAAGACAAUUACUACACUUUUUUCUGAGACGCCACCAACUCCCAGACGGAUCCUGCCCUACCCUGUGGCCUGGAUACCAUACAUUCUCCUGAGUCUGCUGGGCACCUGUUUGCUGUUGGGUGUCACCAGCAUCAGCCUGGGUAUUCAAUAUAUGCAGGUGUCUCACCAGCUCAGAAAUGCCAACCAGGUCCUGGAAGCCACCAAUGGUAGCCUGUGGCAGCAGCUCCAGAUGGAAACUGACAAGUUGUCAAGCAAGGAGGAUGAUUUGCAGGCUAAGGAGGAGAAACUGGCCCAGACCCAGCAGCAUCUGCAGGUAGAAAAGGAGCAGCACCAGGAUGCCCAGAAAAACCUGCUGGCCUGCAGGUCAGAGCAGGAUAAGACACAACAGAGCCUGGCUGAUGAGAAAGAGGAGAGGAGACUCCUGGAAGAUAAGCUGAGAAACUUGCAGGAUGGGCUGAAGCAAGUCCAGCUCCUUUUUAAAUGCUCGUUCCCAGGUAGAGACCAGGAGUGGAUUCGGGCUCAUUCCUUCCCCCGAUACUGCUGUCCUUUGGCGUGGGAACUAAAUCAGAGGAAAUGCCUGUACUUCUCAAUCAGAAAGAAGACUUGGUCAGAGAGUGACUCGUUUUGUAAAUCUAUAUCCUCAAAACUGCUUGUUGUAACAAGUGAAAAAAAAGUAAGAAAGCCUUCCUUCCUUUGUCCUACACCUCACAUAGGUUCUUUGGUCCCUGGGCAGACAGGAGUGUUGGCAAAAUGGAAUGGAGCUGUCCCAGCUCUCUGGGGUGACUGGCAGGGCAAUAAUAGGGGUCCUCUGCUGUUAUGCGACUCAUGGUGCUCCUUUCCUCCCAUCUCUCCUCAAUCUUUUUUUUUUAAACUCUUACCUUCUGUCUUAGAAUUAAAGCUAACUAUUGGUUCUGAGACAGAAAUGUGGCAAGGACUAGGAAGUCAGGGUUAAGUGACUUGCCCAAGGUCACACAGGUAGGAAGUGUCUGAGGGCACAUUUGAAUGCAGAUCCUCCAGACUUCAGGCCUGGCCUCUAUCUCCUGGGUUAUCUAGCUGCUUCCCUUCUUAAUCUUAUGAGCUAGGUUCAUGGAGCCUCAUUCUGUGGCGUGAAGCUGAACCUAAUGGAAUGACUUACUUUCUCCAUCCUUUCCUAGCUAGAAACUGAGUCAGGGUUUUCAAGGCUGUGUUUGAAAGAGGCAGGGAGGAAGCAUCGGGAGGAAGGGAGGUGACAGCUACUGAUGGGGGUCCACCUUUUGGUCUGGAACCAUGAAAGCACAGCUCCCCUGACUCAGGCCUCCCCAAGGUGUCUUUUCCCAAAAAGUUUCUCUUUUCCUCUGGUCUUUCUCCACACAUCCCAGUCUGUCUGUCAUUCCAGCAAUUCAUAAACAGCCUACUUACUGGAGGAAAAUCACAUGAGGUUUUCUGGGCUCAGAGCGAGUAUGCAAAGAACCAAAAUGG